GCUAACUUAAUUGCUUCCAUCCUCCAGUAAAAGAAAGAUGGCUUUUGCUAGAUUUGCUAAAGCUCUCCCUCCCUCGCUCAGCCUUGCUGGUCAAACGGCGAUCGUGACUGGCGCUUCAAGUGGUAUUGGAAGACAAAGUGCGCUACAUCUCGCUCGAGCAGGUGCUUCUAUACUUUGUAGUGAUUUGCGUCCAACUCCUAACGAUAUACACCUUCACCAAGGUACAACAACUGCCAGACAAGAACCAACACAUGAACUCAUCAACAGGUUAGGCGGAAAAGCCACUUUUCAAGAGGCAGAUGUUCGUAACGAAAGUGAUUGGGAAUCUUCCAUCGAACAAGCUGUCAAAUUAAGUGAUGAAGGUAGAUUGGACAUCCUUCUUAACAACGCAGGUCUUACUGUUUUCUCACCCGAAGGAAUCGUAGGAGAAUCUAUGGAAAUAUUUCAAAAGGUGUUCGACAUUAAUGUCAAAGGUUCAUUCCUUGGAAUGAAGUAUGCCAUUAAACAAAUGCAAAAACAAGAACCAAAACCGUUUCCUGCUGAUUGUGAAGAAGAAUUGGAUGAUAUUUCACGUUCAGAUAUUGAUGCAGAACCGGCAAGGGUUGCGUAUAGUCCACCUGAAUCUGGAACGGGAGGCGAUCCAACAAUCAUUCCUAAACCAAGCAGAGGUUCACGUGGAUCAAUUAUUCAGAUUGGCUCAAUUCAUGGCAUGAUUGGUGGUCCAAAUGAGCCAGCAUAUUGUUCAGCAAAAGGUGCAACAAUCAAUAUGGUAAGACAAGUGGCUUACGAGUAUGCACCUGAACGUAUUAAUGUAAACUGCAUUUGCCCGGGCUAUUGUAGUACCGCGAUGACAGCCAAUGUCUCACCAGAGUUGAAUGCUAUACGUCCAACUUAUUGGCCUCACCGUGGAUCUCCAAGAGAUAUCGCAAAGGCAGUCUUAUAUUUCGCCAGGGACGCUCCUUGGAGCACAGGAACAAUCAUGGCUGUUGACGGUGGAACCACCUGUCGUUAAAGGCAAUUAUCCAAUGUACAUACUCAUUAAACAAUCCAAGAUACAUACAUGAGGAAUUAUACAAUGA